UCCAACUCCAAAAAGAAAAGAGAAAACCUAUACUCUUCUGUAGUCUUAUUUUCUCAACAAUCAAACAAAAUACAAGAAAAUGGGGAAGAAAAUGAAGCUCCCAUUUCUGAACAAGAUCAUUUCAUAUUCAUCAUCUUCUUCCUCUUCAUGGCCAUCACCUUCUUGUCAUCAACAAAACCCUAAGAAAAUAUUUUUCAGAGCUUUCUUCACCGUUAACAAACCUAAAAAUGUCAACAAACCCGAGCCACCUUCACGCAGCUUCUCCUCCUCCUCUACCACCACCAACAUCAUGGAAAAGCCACGGGAGAUAGAGUGUAUAGAGAAUGUGAUUAGGGGACUAAAAUCAUCAAAAAGACUUAUCUUCGAACGUAGAGGAAGAUCAAACUCCAUACUCGAAGAAGUUACUAAGGAAGAAGAAGAAGAAGAUGCUCCUGAGGAAGAAGAUUCUAUAGAAGGCUUCAUGCUCUUGUCCGUAGAAUCAAACGACCCUUACUUGGAUUUCAAGAAAUCCAUGGAAAAGAUGGUUGAACUACACGCUCUUCAUCAUGAUUGGAGAAGGCUCGAGAAGCUUCUUUUCUUGUUAUUGAAAGUCAACGUUAAGACAAGCCACGAAUACAUCUGCGCCGCGUUUGUCGACUUGCUCUUAAACUUAGCAGUAGAAACUUCUAAAGACAUCGCCCAAGAACCUCGUCCUGUCCACGUCGAGGAAUCUCCAUCGUCGCCAUUAUCAUUCUACACGUCGUACUCGUCCUCAUAUGAUACCUCGUCGACGUCUGUCCGGGGAUUACCGGAUAAUUUGAUAGGUGAGAAUAGAAGGGACGUUGUUUGUUGUUUAUCGUCGUUGUUUGAGAUGGAGGAGAAGAUUAUAGACAAUAUUUAUUAGUGGUUAUGUUACUUCUUAAAUGUUGUUUACAUAAUUACAUACAUAAAUCAUAUGUCA